UUAUCUUGUCCCUCUUUUUCUUUCUUUAUUUAUUGAGUAUUUUCUAAUUGAUGGUCGAAUCUUAAUUAGUAAAACCCUAGCCUCUGCUGAACCCACCUUCUAUCCUUCCUCCACUAUUUGCUAAAAAGCUUCUUUGUUCCACUCUGCCAAAGAGCAGAAACAGCUUUUGCCGAAUCUGUAAAACCCAAAACGAUUUUCUUCAAUCUUCUUGAAAAAGUUCUUCAUCAAGAUGGAUUAUUGUAUGAAUCGCUGUGAAAAUGCUGCAUGUAGGCUCAUCUCCUCUUCUUCUUCCUAUGUUCUUCCGUCUUCCAGAAUAUAUUCAUCAAGAACUCAGCUUUUCCCGCUAUUUCAUCAGUCUGCAAAAUCGGCAGUUUACAAAAAGUCCUCAUUUUUGCACCUUCAAUCUCGGCCAUGCGUUUUCAGUAAACCCCAUUUGCGGAAAAGGGUGAAUUCCGUUGUUAAUGAGCAAAUCAAUACUAGCCCCAAUGAUGAUUCUGUUCAAAAAGGGUUUCUUGGAACGGAGAAAUUGGGGAAAAGAACAGAUAUAAAGAAGAUUUUGAUACUGGGUGCUGGGCCAAUAGUGAUAGGACAAGCUUGUGAGUUUGAUUAUUCAGGAACUCAAGCUUGUAAGGCUCUUAGAGAAGAAGGGUAUGAGGUGAUACUGAUAAAUUCAAAUCCUGCAACUAUUAUGACCGACCCAGAAACGGCGAACAGGACUUAUAUUGAGCCAAUGACACCGGAACUUGUGGAGCAGGUGUUAGAGAACGAGAGGCCUGAUGCAUUGUUGCCAACGAUGGGUGGGCAAACUGCUCUUAAUUUAGCUGUAGCGUUGGCAGAGAGUGGUGUGCUUGAUAAAUAUGGAGUCGAGUUGAUUGGGGCAAAGCUUGAUGCGAUAAAAAAGGCGGAGGAUAGGGAUUUGUUUAAGCAGGCAAUGAAGAAUAUUGGGAUAAAGACGCCACCUUCGGGCAUUGGCAACACAUUAGAGGAGUGUUUUGAGAUAGCUAGUGAAAUUGGGGAGUUUCCAUUGAUUAUUAGGCCAGCUUUCACAUUGGGUGGGACUGGUGGUGGAAUUGCUUAUAACAGAGAGGAAUUCGAGGCUAUAUGUAAGUCCGGGUUAGCAGCUAGUUUGACAUCACAGAUUUUGGUUGAGAAGUCUUUGUUAGGUUGGAAAGAAUAUGAGCUUGAGGUUAUGAGAGACUUGGCUGACAAUGUGGUUAUCAUCUGUUCCAUUGAGAAUAUUGAUCCUAUGGGGGUCCAUACAGGGGACUCGAUUACUGUGGCCCCUGCUCAGACUUUGACAGAUAAAGAGUACCAACGGCUUAGGGAUUAUUCGAUUGCUAUCAUUAGGGAAAUUGGAGUUGAAUGUGGUGGUUCCAAUGUGCAAUUUGCUGUAAAUCCAGUUGAUGGCGAAGUCAUGGUAAUUGAAAUGAAUCCUAGAGUAUCUAGGUCUUCAGCUUUAGCCUCAAAAGCUACUGGCUUUCCAAUAGCUAAGAUGGCUGCUAAGCUAUCAGUGGGAUACUCUCUGGAUCAGAUUCCUAAUGAUAUCACAAAGAAGACUCCAGCUAGUUUUGAGCCAUCCAUUGAUUAUGUAGUUACAAAGAUACCAAGGUUUGCAUUUGAGAAAUUCCCUGGAUCUGAGGCCAUACUGACAACCCAGAUGAAGUCUGUUGGUGAAUCCAUGGCAGUAGGUCGCACAUUCCAAGAAUCCUUCCAAAAAGCAGUGCGGUCUCUGGAAUGUGGGUAUUCUGGAUGGGGCUGUGCACAGGUUAAGGAGUUGAACUGGGAUUGGGACAAAUUGAAGUAUAGUCUUCGGGUUCCUAAUCCUGAUCGCAUCCAUGCCGUAUAUGCUGCAAUGAAGAGGGGGAUGAAGGUAGAUGACAUCCAUGAGCUCAGUUACAUAGACAAAUGGUUCCUCACUCAGCUAAGGGAGCUUGUAGAUGUGGAGCAAUUCCUUCUGGCUCGCAGUUUGUCUGACUUAACAAAGGAAGACUUCUAUGAAGUGAAAAAGAGAGGAUUUAGUGAUAGGCAGAUAGCUUUCGUGACAAAGUCCAGUGAGAAGGAGGUUCGAUCGAGGCGUUUGUCUUUGGGUGUGAAACCAGCAUAUAAACGAGUUGAUACAUGUGCUGCAGAAUUUGAGGCUGAUACACCUUAUAUGUAUUCAUCUUAUGACCUUGAGUGUGAAUCUGCUCCUACACGAAGGAAGAAAGUGUUGAUUUUAGGUGGAGGACCAAACCGAAUUGGACAGGGCAUUGAGUUUGAUUAUUGUUGCUGUCAUACAUCCUUUGCCCUUCAGGACGCAGGCUAUGAAACAAUUAUGAUGAAUUCCAAUCCUGAGACAGUUUCUACAGAUUAUGACACAAGUGAUCGUCUCUACUUUGAGCCUCUGACAGUUGAGGAUGUUAUUAAUAUCAUCGACUUGGAAGGACCUGAUGGUAUAAUUGUGCAGUUUGGAGGUCAAACACCAUUGAAAUUGGCUCUGCCGAUUCAGAAUUACUUGGAUGAGCGAAAGCCUAAGAGCAGAAGUGGCGCUGGUUUUGUUAGCAUCUGGGGUACAUCACCUGAUAACAUUGAUGCAGCUGAAGAUAGGGAGAGGUUCAAUGCCAUCCUGAAUGAACUACAGAUCGCUCAGCCAAAAGGGGGUAUUGCAAAGAGCGAAAAGGAUGCCCUUGCCAUUGCGGCAGAUGUAGGAUACCCUGUUGUCGUCCGACCAUCUUAUGUGUUAGGUGGCCGGGCCAUGGAGAUAGUUUACAACAAUGAAAAAUUAGUGACAUACCUUGAAAAUGCUGUCAAGGUAGACCCGGAGCGCCCUGUCCUGAUUGACAGGUAUUUAACUGAUGCUGUAGAGAUUGAUAUUGAUGCACUUGCUGAUUUGCAUGGUAAUGUUGUCAUUGGUGGAAUAAUGGAGCACAUUGAGCAGGCUGGGGUUCACUCUGGUGACUCAGCUUGCAUGCUUCCAACAAAAACAGUUUCAGAUUCAUGCUUGGAAACUAUUAGGUCGUGGACUACAAAAUUGGCAAAGAGGCUUAAUGUGUGUGGCCUCAUGAAUUGCCAAUAUGCCAUUACUACUUCUGGUGAGGUGUUCUUGCUUGAGGCUAACCCCCGUGCAUCACGAACAGUUCCUUUUGUUUCCAAGGCAAUUGGGCACCCUCUGGCUAAAUAUGCUGCUCUAGUCAUGUCAGGAAAAUCUCUAUAUGACCUAAACUUCACCAAGGAGGUUAUCCCCAAACAUGUAUCAGUUAAAGAAGCUGUUCUUCCAUUUGAGAAAUUCCAAGGUUGUGAUGUGCUUCUUGGUCCUGAGAUGCGCAGCACUGGUGAGGUAAUGGGUAUCCACUAUGAGUCAUCAAUUGCAUUUGCCAAAGCACAAAUUGCUGCUGGACAGAAAAUGCCACUUUCAGGUACUCUGUUCCUCAGUUUAAAUGAAUUGACAAAACCCCAUCUUACUACAAUUGCUCGAGCCUUCUCUGGACUUGGAUUUCGAAUUAUUGCAACUUCUGGAACUGCACGUGUACUCAAAUUAGAAGGCAUGCCAGUGGAGCGAGUGCUUAAAAUGCAUGAAGGGCGGCCACAUGCUGCUGAUCUCAUUGCCAAUGGGCAGAUUCAGUUGAUGGUCAUCACAAGUUCAGGAGACGCUCUUGAUCAGAUUGACGGCCGGAAGCUGAGAAGGAUGGCUCUGGCAUAUAAGAUACCGGUAAUAACAACAGUUGCAGGUGCCUUGGCCACUGCUGAUGCAAUUAAAAGCUUAAAAUGCAACAAGAUUAAGAUGACAGCUCUUCAGGAUUACUUUGAUGUCCAGAAGGUAACAGCUGAGCUCAAAAACCUUCAAUCUGCUUCAUCUGUUUCUUCUAAUUGAGCUGCUACUAGGUGAAUCAGUCUUCUUGGUUGCUUAUAAGUUUUUUUUUUCCUCUUUCGUUUCGAUCUAUGUUAUAAGUGGGCUUGUUGCUUUCUGGAUUCGGAGAAUGAACUUAAUUUUCUCCAAUAUUUUUUAUUACUGAACUAGCUCAACAAAUGUACUGGAACAUCAAAUCUACUUGUAGAUUAAAAUAGGUGAUGAUGGUGAUAAUUACUAAUGCAACUAUAAUCAGUUGCACUGUUUCUUGA